GGAAACAGGAAAGGGGAAAUUCUUGGCCAGUAGGGGGGGGGGGGGGCGGGCUCUACACAGGAACUUGGCCAGGAACACCGACUCCCCGAACGUGCUUGGGGAAAACAGACAGAAAAGUGACCUUUGACGACGCAGGGCACUGAACACAAGGGCCUGGUCACCCCCACCUCUGUUGAAUUCUCCCAUAGGCAAGAUAACUACAAAAUUCCAUCCACUGUACUUCCUGUCAUAUAUCCUGGUCGUGACAGGUGUUAUAGUGUUUGUCAUUAAACCCACACCAAUUGCUUCAACUAGUAGAGGUUACUACAGGGAAAUCUCGGUUGGCCGAUCAAGCAGCGGCAACGAGGUGGAGCUGACCACUACUCCCGGGACGACCACCAGCAGCAUGGGAGGCGGGGCAUCCUUCACGGACUGGCCCCCCCUCCCUCCCGAGGUCAGGGGCUGCCCGGACUACCCCUACCCCCACUCACAUUCAACGGAAUUCAGGCCUGGAGGUCACCCCAGCAUGGUGCCACCCCCUACAGAGUACCCCAGCACCCCUCCCUCACCCCCGCAGCAGUUCCGGUCCCUGCCCCGUCCUGCCCGGCGUGAGCCAUACCCAGCAGGUAGUAGUGCCGGUGGACAGAGAUCGGCAACUCUCCACCGCCCAGCGCGGGUACGUUUCCAGCUUGACUCUAUAGAGCCAACGGUGCCUCAUCCUCUUCCCACGAGCUGGGAGAUGUGAGAUGUUAGGCUGAGACAAAAGAUGCUAAGUCUUCAGCAUCUUAGUGCUCCGUGUGCAUCUCAGUGCUCUGCCAUUUGACCGCAGCACCUCAAUGGAAGCUAUACUGCACUGAUGUCUUCAUCACUGAGUAUCGUGUUAUCUGUGAAGAAUCUAGUGUGAUCAUUUAGUCAGUACUCAGGCUUCGUUGGAAACCCAAAACAACAACAAGAAGACAAAGAAAAAGAAGAAAUUAUACAUCACCGUAUUUUUGUGUAGUCAGCCUCAGCUUAUGUGUGGCAAGGCGAAGCAAUAACUGCAGAUGCUUAGAAUUGUUUUCUUUUUUUCCCUUUUUUCUGUAUCUGCUAAUGUUUGGUGCUCCAUACAAGGCAAUGAUUUUUUAAAAUUCUUUUUGUCUCAUUCCUCAUUCUCUUGUGGGAUGAGCCUUUUGCCCUCGGCUGAGGAGUUUGCGGUGGUCAAAGUGAAACCAUGAUCUAAAAUUUUCACGUUUGUGUUUUGUGAAUUGAGUGUUAAGAAUUAGAUUAUAUAUGUGAAUAUAUUGAAGAGAAAUGUGUGAUGAAGAUAUAUGUCAAGCAAGUGUAGCAUCACCAGAUACUUCUUUUUUUAAUUUUUUUUUAAGCUCAAAUAGCUAGCAUAUAAAGUUCAAGGCAUAAUGUCUGGCUUUUGGAUUGAUAGAUAUUCAUGCAUAGAGCACUGAUUGUAUCUGGAGAGAUGUUGUAAUGAUGUGUUGAUAAAGCAACAUCAAAGAGACAAGAAAAUAUAGAAUAAAGGAAAAGAGGAAGUUCCUUUGCCAUGACAGUUCCUCUUGCUCAAUAAAGGAAACUUAAGAUGUAAAUGGUACUGGAAAACAAAUUUACAUUUACCAAUACAUAUAAUGUAAAGAACAAUAUUUAUGUGUUUGAUAACACUUAACUAUAACUAUAGAGAGAAACUAUAGUUCACAGGUUGUUUCUUUUUUAAGGAGAAAAAGGAGAAAAACACAUUUUAAAAAAACUGUAGAUAAACUUUAAUGAUAGUUCUUUGUAUCACACAUAUCUUUUACUGUAGCAUUGUGUAAAGGAUACUUUGACUGUGUAAUGGGUUACAGAGAGAGGUUGAUUUGCUAUUUCUUAUCAUUUUUAGUUGUAUAUGAGUAAGACCCAGGUUGCAAUAUGUUUUAUCAUUGUGGUAAAAUUUCAGUCACCUCGGUUUAGGAUACAAACCCCCCCCCCCCCUUAAAACAUGAAAAAUUUACAAAAAAAAGAGAACUAUCCAGAAUUUCUUUAUUUUACAAAUAUAGAAUCAUAGACAUACUUUUGCUAUACAAAACAUGAGCACAAGUUAUGACACCAUGCACCAUUAUUUUAAAUAUUUAGGAUGUAGAUAGUUACAAGUUUAUAGUAUUUGCCAAUAUCAUUAUUAUUGAUUACUGCUCUUAUUGUUAUUGUGACAAUUAUUAUUAUUAUUAUUA